AUGGCCAGCAAGGAAGGCGCUGCACAGGCCUUCGCCCCGGUCCUGGCCGCCGUCGCAACCAUGCAGGGCAAUGUGCCGAGAUCUGAGAAGACCCAGGCUCAUGAAUUCCUGGAGAAGUUCCAGAAAUCAGUCGAAGCCUGGUCUACGACACACGCGCUAUUACAAUCCCCCGAUGUUCCCGUCGAAGCCAAACUAUUCGCGGCCACCACGCUCAAGGGAAAGAUUGUCUUUGAUUUGGACCAACUUCCCCCAGAUUCAAUCGUAGCCUUGCGGGAUUCGGUGCUCGGUCUCCUGGUCGCGUUUGCGCCGGGCCCGCGGCCCAUCCAGACCCAGCUCUGUGUGUGUCUGGUAAGCCUGGCCAUUCAAAUGGUGACGUGGAAGGAUGUGUUGGCCACAGUCGGAUCGGCAUUGGGCAGCAGUGCGGGGGACUGCGUGCUGGAGUUUUUGAAAAUCCUCCCGGAGGAAGUGACCGAGGGCCGCAAAAUCAAUCUGACCGAGGACGAGUUGAGCGUGCGGACCAAGGAGCUGCUGGAGGACAAUGCGGACCAAGUCAUGCAACUGAUGAUCCAAUAUGCUCAAUCGUCGCAAACGGCAGCAACCAAUCCCCGUCUUCUGGACUGCAUUACCUCGUGGUUGCGGGAGAUCCCCGCUGCCAAAAUCGUCGACUCGCCUCUGAUGGACGUGAUUCUCAAGGCUUUGGACAAUGACGUGUCCUUCGACGCCGGCGUGGACUGCGUGUGCACACUCUACCGGGAUACCCGCGACGUCGACGAAUCCCUACCAGUCAUCCAAGCGCUGUAUCCACGACUGAUGGCCCUCCGCCCCAAGAUCGCCGAGACGGCCGAAUCAGAAGAUUUGGAGGCGUUCAAGGGAGUGACACGGAUGUUUGCCGAGGCCGGUGAGGCAUGGGUUGUGCUCAUUGCUCGCCUUCCGUCCGAUUUUCGGGGCCUGGUGGAAGCGGUCUUGGAAUGUUGUGCGCGAGACUGGGAGCGCGAUGCGAUCUCCCAGACCUUUAUUUUCUGGUACGAGCUCAAGCAAUACAUCACGCUGGACCGAUACGUGGAUGCGCGGCUCAACUUCCAAGACGUUUUCUCCCAGCUGGUCGAUAUCAUGGUCAAGCAUCUGGAAUAUCCGAGUCCCGAAGAUGGCGAAACCGACUUGUUUGGGGGUGAUCGCGAGCAGGAAGAAAAGUUUCGGUUAUUCCGCCACUCCAUGGGCGAUGUCCUCAAGGAUUGCUGUUCGGUCGUGGGGGUGUCAGCCUGCCUGGGCAAGAUCUACCAGUUGAUCCAACAGUGGGUGGGCAAGUAUGCAUCGCAGGCCAGCCACGAGCAUGUCCCGCACUGGCAGGAGCUCGAGGCCCCUCUGUUUGGGCUGCGGGCCAUGGGUCGCAUGGUCGACCCGGAAGAAUCCACGGUUCUGGGACAGCUGAUCCCCCUCAUUGUCCAGAUCCCGGAUCAGGAGAAGAUUCGCUUCCAAGCCAUCAUGGCGCUGGCACGCUACACGGAGUGGACGGCACUGCACCCCGAGACUUUGGAGGCACAGCUCAACUAUGUCAUUUCGGCCUUCCACCAUUCUUCCCCGGAAGUUGUGCAGGCGGCUGCCUUGGCCUUUAAGUUCCUGGGGACAGACUGCCAGAAACUGCUAGGUGGACACAUCACUCAACUUCACUCGUUCUUCGAGUCCGUGUUGGAUAAGCUGAAGGCUUCCAGUCAGGAAGAAGUGACCGAGGGAGUGGCCGCCGUGGUAUCGGUCCAGCCUUUGGAGAAGAUCUACGAAUCGUUCAAGAUGUUCUGUGACCCGAUCAUGCAGCGCAUCAUGAACCUGGCCAACAACGCAUCGGACGAAGAUGGCCAGCGGGCUGUGGCCGAUCACCUCCAGCUAAUUACCAUCUUCGUGCAAGUGGUGACACCCAUUGUCGCACCCGGAGAAGAGAACCCGGCCGUGAAGUACUGCGGGGAAAUACUGCCGAUUAUGACGACGAUUGCCAUGAACUUCACGACAUCGACUCCCAUAUUGGAGCGCGUGUGCCGGUGCUGGCGCUACAUGAUCAUCUCCUACCGAACAGCCAUGAUUCCUCUGCUGCCAACUCUCGCUCAGAGCAUCGCCAGCGGCUUUGAGAGUUCGCGCGAGGGCUGUUUCCUGUGGGCCACGGAUGCGGUGGUGCGUGAGUUCUCGGAAGGAGCCGAGUACGUGGACCAAACCACGAGCGAUGCUGUCUACCAGUUUUACGAGCAGCAGGCACUUGCUUUCCUCCGUAUCUUGAACGACUUGCCACCAGAAAAUUUGCCUGAUGUGAUCGAGGAUUUCUUCCGUCUGUCGAGCGAUGCCGUCCGCUAUUACCCCAAGAAAUGCAUCAGCUCCUCCCUUGCCGUUCCUAUCUUCACCGCAGGUGUCAGCGCGCUCACCCUGCAACAGGUAGAGCCACUGAUCGCCACGCUUCACUACUACCGGGAUCUGUUCAGCUUCGCGUUCGACAAACCCACCGUCUCUGAAUUCACCAGUCCUGAAGGCAAACCCUACACCAACCCGCCCGAGAUCCGGGAAGCUGUCAAGCAGCUCCUGGCCUCACAGGGCUUGGGUUUGGCUCAACGCGUGCUCACGGGCAUGAUGUUCACGUUCCCCGGCGACUGCUUCCCCGAUGCGUCGGGGAUCAUGAUGACUCUAUUCGAGCUGCUGCCGCAGGAAACCGGCUCAUGGCUCCAGAGCACGCUGCAGAUGCUGCCGGCCGGCUCGAUCAAAGCCGGCGAGGCUGAGCGACUCCUCAAAAACGUCUCCGACAAGAUGCAGGCCGGCGAGACGCGCAAGAUCCGAGCUCUGCUGCAGGAUUUCACCAACUCGUACCGCCGCCGCAAUGUGGCGCCGCGGGAUGGCCUGGGUCGGUUGGAGGCGACCCGCUUCCGAUUCAGCGGAUAA